AUGUCCGAGAACGUGCAUCCAAGCUCUGCGAAAGACACCAACAGCGCCGCCGCAGAUCAACCCGGCCGACCAUACUACGAAUCGCUGCGAGCCACACUGCGCCAGACCUUGGAAAAGAAGCGACGUUUGGACGAGCAGCUUGCGCAGCUUGAAGAGAACAUCUUCAAGCAAGAAAGCGCAUACCUUGAAGACACGGCAAACUCAGGCAAUAUUGUGCGCGGUUUCGACGGCUGGGUCAAGGGAGUUCAGCUCGGAAGGAGCGCAGCAGAUGACAGGCGAAGAGGUCGUGUACGAGAUGAGGACAGGGUGUUUUCGAGAAGCUCAGUGGCCUGGAUGAGGGCACAAGAAGGGCCAGAUUCUAACACUCCGUCUCACGCGCCCACACCCACAGCCUCAUUCGCACCACCACUUUCGGCUCGAGAUUCGAACGCUCCUACGCCUGGCGGAUCAUCGGUCAAAGCACCGAAUAAGAAAAAGAGACCGAAUGACAAGGACGACGAUGAAGAUGGCAAGAACUCGAAACGUGGGAAGAUCAGCUACGCACGCGACUAG